AUGAUGCAAAUACAGGAAAGAGGCUCCAGAACAGAGCUGCAACACUUGCUGCAGUUGUUAGAUGAUGCAAAAUAUGUCAGCCAGAAUAGAAGAAAAGAUGAUGGCUCCGAUGUUUUGAGUGAUAUUUUUUGGGCGCAUCCAGAUUCAAUCAAGUUGUUGAACUUGUUUCCCAUUGUUUUGGUUAUGGACUGCACAUACAAAACUAAUAAAUAUAGACAGCCACUGCUUGAAAUUACUGGCAUAACUUCAACUAACAUGACAUUUGUUGUUGGAUUUGCUUACAUGGAAUCUGAGAAGACGGACAAUUAUCAUUGGGCGUUAGGUAAGUUGAAGCAAUUGAUUACUAAGCAAGAUAUAUUUCCUAGAGUAAUUUUGACUGAUAGGGAGUUUGCUUUGAUGAAUGCAAUUAAAGAUAUAUUUCCACAUACUACUAAUAUGCUUUGUACGUGGCACAUAAUCAAAAAUGUGAAUGCGAGAUGCACCGUGCAAAUACCUAAGGAUAUGCAACAGAAGGUGAAAAAUUUGUGGAGAGAUGUUGUUGAAAGUCCGGAUGAGGUGGAGUAUCAGCAGCGGUUGAAUGCGUUUCAGCAAGCAUGUGUUAAUUCAAGCAAUUUGGUCGAAUAUGUCAAUAACACCUGGGCCGCUAUGACACUAAUUUCUGAUGAGAUGAAGAGAAUUGACAUUGUUGGAACAAAUAAAAACUUGUGUGGUUGCAAACUUAGGUCAACAUGUGCGUUGCCCUGUGCUUGUGAAUUGAGUGGAUAUACAACCAGCGGUGUACCAAUACCGUUAGAUUCAGUUCACAGUCACUGGAAGAAAUUAACUAUGGAAGAACCAUUGGAGGAUGACACAAAUGAUGGAUAUGAGUUGGACAUGAGUAAUGCAAUGGAGGCAAUAUGGACUCAAUUUCGGUCACUUGAUAUUGUUGGUAAAAGAGCGUUGAAGAGUAAAGUGUUUGAACUUGCUUAUCCAGCCUCAAGUUCAUUGUGUCCACCACCUGAAAAAAUAAAAACCAGAGGAGGAGUGAAGAACAAAUAUAAAGGCAAAGCACCAAAAGGUUAUGAUGUGUAUCGUGAUCCAUCAUACUUUGAACACGUUGAAAGAGAAUAUGGUGAUUCACAAGGUACAUCGAAGAGGUUGUGUACACAACAAUCACAGUCAUCUCAGAAGGAACUAUCUCAACCCUCUCAGAAGCAACAAUCUCAACCAUCUCAGAAACAACUAUCUCAGAUGUCUAAAAAACUGACAUCUCAGAAAUAUUUGGGGCAAUUUCCUGAUCAUAUGCAUCCACAUAUUGUUGACAUUGCUGAUGUGCUUGAAGAUGGAAAUUGUGGUUUUAGAGCUGUUGCAUCUUUACUUGGUUACACAGAGGAAGGUUGGUCCAUCGUCCGCCGGGAGUUAGAUGAAGAGCUUAGAAAUUGUUGGCGUUGUAUGAUUGGCCUCAUUUUGCUAAAACAUGUGAUCCUUCUUGAUGUGCAACUACAUGCUUCCACCAUCCAACAAGAAUUGCAGGUUGUAAGAGAUUCGUUGGUAGCAAAUAGAUGGUUCACCAUACCUGCUAUGGGUUACUUGGUAGCAAAUAAGUAUAAUGUCGUUCUCGUCACGUUGGGUAAACCUAGUAAGACUUUCUUUCCUAUGAUGACUUUAUAUUCCUCUUCAGCAAGGUUUUUUUGUAUUGGUUUUGUCAAUGGAAAUCAUUGGGUUCCGGUAAACAUGUCAAAGGGGUUUCCGUUGCCCGAAGUUACAACUGAUUGGAAGAAAUUUUGUUCACAUGAAGCAAGGUCUUGGAUGUCAAACUUAAACGGACGCCUACAAUAUUGGAACCUUCUAAAUCCUCCGGUGAAACCUCUUAGUGGUGUUAUGUCUGUUGAAUAA